AUGAACAAACAGCGGGUGGUGGUAACGGGUGGGAUUGAUCCGAUGAAAGUGUUGAAAAAACUAAAGAAGAGAACGGGAAAGAGAGUGGAGAUUGUGUCCAAGAAGGAUGAAGAGGCAAAAGAUGAAUCUGAUAAACUUGUCAUAAUGCAUCAGUUUGCGCUUGAAAACGAUUGCUGCAUGAAGGCCACCGAAGCCAUGAUGAUGUUCAGUGAUGAGAAUCCAAAUGCAUGUGCAGAUUGGGACACAUGUGAGGUGAUGCAUUUCGUGGCAUCUCCUUCUAAUAUGCUUAAUUUACGUAUGCAAACUUUUAGCCGCGCUUCCUACCAACGUGAAGAGGUGCAUCAGAUUAGCACCAAACGGAACAAUCACCGCACAUUCAUAGUGCGCUUUGUGAGGCACAUGGCAUGA